CAUUCGCUUUCUAUCGAUGCACAACGCGAGCGUCUUCCAAUAAGAAAAUAUCGUGAUCACAUUCUAUACUGUUUGGAAAACUAUCAAGCGUUGAUACUUGUUGGAGAAACCGGAAGUGGGAAAAGUACACAACUACCGCAGAUAUUAAACCUGGAACCAAAAGGAACUUGUUAACAACAUAUUAUUAAAAGUUUAAUGGCUUAACCACAAACACAGCCCAAAUCUUAUUUGUUUAGGACAAAUUUAAUCAAGAAAAUAUCAACAGCAGAAAGUCAACAAAGCACCAAUACAAAGAGCAAUAUCGAGUUUAUUUUCACUAAAACCGCAAAUCGGAAUUUAAAUAAAAAUAACAAAAUCAAAAAGCUUAAAGUACGAAGUACAGUCGAGGUAUAUUCUAAAAAUUACAAACUUGAAGACAAUCUUUGAAAAUGUUGGGUCCAAGCUCACAGAUUAGCAAAAUACUCUUAACCUUACUCUUUUUAUUGAUUAUCUUCUACAUAUUUAUGGACGUACAGCUGUAUUUAAGAAUACAGAACUACCCCAUAGAACGAAAUUAUCACUUCAAUGUUUCUGUAUCUUAUUCACCCCAAAUUGAUGCAGUAGAAGUUGGAUAUCCUCACAAAAAUGCCGGAAAACCAUCGACCCUCCCUCUACAAAGGGACCAAACGGUAUCGCCAGUAACAUCAUCUGACGUUCUAUCAAAGUCAACUAAUGCUAAAUACCAAGCUGCCCCAGGAACUUACGAAGCCAGUACAUGGCUAAGCUGCGAAAUAAAUCCACUUUGUCAUGUGACCGUAAAAGCGAUUUUACUAGACCACACAAACCAUUAUAUAUUUGCACCGCUUGCAACGAUAUUCGAUGACAUUAUAGGAUUCUCCCGGUCGUCGUUUAUAACAGCGAAUAUGAUUUCGUUUUUUCACGUUUUUGUUGCAUGCCUAGCUGGAAAACUGGUUUCUUCAGACAGUCUAGGUUACAGGAGAAUGGGAGUUGUUCUUUUCCAGUUCCGGACUUUUUUGGAUGACUUAGAUGGUCAUGUGGCACGUGUAAAAAAAAAUAUUCGUGGCGAACGAUCUGAAGUCGGUACUUCUGGAUACUACAUCGAUGGCCUUUGUGACGGUCUUGGGUGCAUAGCAUUGUUGAUAGGAAUUUGUUUCUUCUUAAAGAAUAAUCCACCUCGAAGAGGAUACUCUCAAUUACAGGCGAUUCUUCCGCUGAGUGAAUCGAAAAGUGCAGAAACAGGAGUGAUUUACAAAGUUAAAACAACGACGAAAAAAGUAGCCCGCAAAGUUUUCUGCUUCGCUGGACAGUUGCUUCUUAGCUCUACUGCUUGGAAUCGUUACAUUUUCGUUUAUCAAGAUAUGUUAGAGCGAAAUGAUGUUCUACCGAUUCAAUUCAAUCGUCAGAAUUUAACCUUUAAAUCAAAUUGGUUCUUCUCGGUUGCAUGGAUAUGGCGGGUGGUUAAUGUACACUCAAUGCUGCAUUGCGUGCUAUUGAGCAUAUUUUGUGAUAAACUUUGGGAUUUCCUAAAAAUGGUCCAAUAUAGUGGUUAUAUUAUUUUACUGGUGGCAAUUUGCGCCACUGAGAUGCAUGUCUUAGAGGCGCACACAUUUAUAUUUAGCUCACUGACUGGUAACAAUACGUCUUUGUGAUUUUACUUAUAUUAAACAAAAAAUUCUUUUUCUGCUUUUUGUGUAUACAUUUUCAAGAAAAUCGAACAUAAAUAUAUAAACUUUAAUUAUUUAUAAAUACCAUUGUUGUGGUUUAUUUUUUGUAUUGUUAAAAAACUAUAAAACUGAUACUUUUUACUCUAUUGAUAUAAAAAAUAAAACAAUAUAACUAAAAACCAAACUGUGUCGCUAAUAUACAGAUACAUACAAUACAAAUACGAACAGCGAUCUAACUGAAAUAAUGUUCGCUCUCAAUUAAUUACAUAUAUUUUUAAGACCUUGUCUCAAAAGUAGCAAUGUUAAUCAUUUCUUUCGACUUAUAUUUAUUUAAAAAAGUAUACUUAACCUUGUGUAAUGCGAAAAUCUCCACAACUUAAUUCAAAUUUUGUUUAAUAGCAGGGAAUAUGUAAAAAAUAGUUAAUAAGAACGAAUGUUAUGGAGGUCCUUAUAGAUGAAGGUUUUUGAAAUUUGCCAGACCACCAUCGAUUAGUCUUUAAAAAAAAUUAGUAGGAAUUCAAAAUUGAAUGACGCGAGAGAAUCUUCAGAAUAUGAGUCAGUUACGAACAAAACCCCGGUUUCAAUAUGCAAUUCUAACAAAAAAACGAAUCAAUCAAGAACAUAUUUAUGGUUAUAUUUUAUAUUUUGGGCUUUAAUUUUAAAAGAAUAUUUUCGCAAAAAGAUGAAAUUAUAGCCUUCUGAACGCCUCAUGUUGUUAAUUUCGCAAAGGCAAAUCGAAAGCAUUAUCCGUCUACUAGUGGCAAAUAUUAUUUUGUAAUAAAUAAAGUAGAGAAUUUUGAAGAUUUUCUUUAAGCCAGUGAGAAAAUAUCUUCAUUUUUCUAUUUAAAGAGUUCAGCUAAUCCGUGCUCAAUGUGUUUCAAUCUUUCUUUAUAAUACCUUCCUAUACUUUAAUACUUCAAACUUAAACAAUUUAACACCCAAAAUAAUAUAAGUUUCACGACCAAACUAUAUUAGUUAUAUAUUAAUCAUAAACAACUACAUAUUUUAAAAAAGCUUAUCACUGCAAUUAAUUUUAAGUUACUGUAUAAAUAUCACAAAUUCUGUUUAAUUAACUAAACAAAUAUUCUAUAAAAAUAUAUGUAAAUGUUUGUUACCGGAGAUAUGUUGAGAAGUUUCUGUUUGACUAUUGAUUCAGCAAUUUAAAAAUAUAUUGUUCCUAAAAUAAAUGUAUAUUUGAUCAUAAUUACACGUUUUUAGUUCUGUAUUAAAAUUAUUAUAUUGACAUUUAACGUGGCGAUUACCAAGACACAAAAAAAUGUAAAAUAAAUGUAAAAAAGUAAUCCUGAAUACAAUCAGUCCAUUAGAAAGAAUAUUAAAUAGUCUAUGUAUGUAUUACACUAAAAAAAUACUUUUAAUCAAACAUUCUAUCAAGAAAAUAUAUUAUUUACACAUAAA